CUCUUCCCAUUGUUUUUGGUGAUUCAACAUGGCAGUAAUGGCAAAGGUUGUUGUGUUGCUUCUCAUUGCUAGUUUCAGUAAUGUCUUCUGUUUUCCAAAGAGGGAUGUCACAAAAAGAGAUGCUGAUGAGGUUGAUGUUUCAACAACAACAAAUCCCAGCAACCAGACCCAAACUGAAGCUAAUGGUGGUGCAAGUGAAGAUGUCCAAGCAGGCACUCCAGUACCUAAUCCCCACAAUCAGACUGCCACUGCACAACCUGAUGUUACUGAUGAGGCAAGUGAAGAUGAUGUGGUAACUGCAACCCCACGUCCCCAAAACCAGACAACACCUGAUGCCCAAAGUGGAAAUGCUGAAAAAGAUGAAGCAAAGAGAUCUUAUGCACUUGAUGAGCUAACUACAACCCCAAGUCCCCUAAACAAGACAAUGUCAUCUGCCACAGAUGGAGUAACUGAGCCACUAGAUGGUCCAAGUGAAGAUGCUGAGGCUUCCACCACAACUCAGAAUGCCGAAAACCAGACCACUUCAGCCCCCACUGUAGGGACUGAUGGUGCAAGUGAGGAUGCUGUGUUAACCACUGUACUGAAUCUGCAAAAUGGGACUACAUCUGCCCAAGAGGGAACCACCAUCACUGACUCCCAUGAUGACUCCUGAAGUGACUGCUCAGAAUGCUAAUGCUUAACUGUCAUCUUAGGCUUUCUCCAUCUUGAAUUCAAUAAAGGCCAGAUUUUCUUAUCCAA